GAAAUUUUGGUGAUCAUGUUUGGUGGAUCAGAACCUGGUUGUGGUGCAGGAAAGGGAGGUGGUGCGGGUGGGUCGAUCCGUGAAGCUGGUGGAUCACUCGGUAAAAGAGAGGCUACUCUAGAAGACGAAUACUUUCGACGUUUGGAUCAACAAAAGAUAGAAGCACUUAAAGAAAAAUUAGAUCAAAACUCUAAUCAAGACAAGCAAUCACCGGAACAAUCGAAAUAGAAUGAACAAUGUUGUACUGAAAAUAGGAACGAUACCUUUUUUCUCCGACAGAAGAACAAGAAUAUUCACAAUCUUCAGCUAUCGAGUAUUUACCGAUUAUUGCUUUAAUCUACUUAUUGAGAAACUCAGGUGCACAUAUAUUUAUGUCUUAUUUUGUGGUUAAGUAUAAUUUUCUUCAAUACUUUUAUUGAUUUAAUACAGAAUU